AUGAUUGGCAUCAGGUGUUGCCGCUUAGGCGCCGCAUCUCGCAAGCUCUGUGCGCUCUACUCGUCACGCAGCUCCCUCCCCGAGGGCUUUCGAAGUCCACAAGCGGUUGCCGAUGCCGUGGCAGCUGCUAUAGCUGCCGAGUGCGACACCGAGAGAGCGCAUCGGCCACAGCACAGUCACGUCCCAGCUGAGCCCUUGACCCAGACCGCCAAGAUAGAGCGUCGCCGAUUAGAUGGCGACGUGAUCACGACCAAAAAGAUCACAGCGCCUCAGCUCAUGUUUCCAAGCACGAAUCCGGACUGGCAGAUCAUCACGUCGGACCACUUUGAGCGCGUCCCGAGUCCGAACGACUGGGACGCUGGACUCGAGGAGCUCCAGCAACGCAUUGGCGUCCGGUUUCAGCAACUGACGUUGCUCAAAAGUGCACUCACACAUCAUGGCUUUCUACCAAACUACUCGCUGCCGGACGGUGUGCCACUUGUCCGACUGUCGAACCGCAGUUUGGAGUUCCUUGGCGAUUCGCUGCUGGGGGCAGCUGCAGCAGGAUACGUGUACCAGACGCUGCCAAAACACCAAGAAGGUCAAUUGUCCCGCGCCAAGUCGGCAAUUGUCAACAACGAGACGUUGUCGAAGAUCAGCGCCGACUUGGGGAUCACAGAGCUUCUUCUAUGGCCGGCUGGAUUGAACGAGGCGAGCAGUGCAUCGUUGGUUGUCAAGGGCCGAGUCACCAUUGCUGCAGGUGCAGUAGAAUCGCUCAUUGCAGCCGUUUAUCUGGACCAGGGUAUGGAGACAGCGCUCAAUUUCGUGACGACGCACAUUCUUCCUCGAGCGGUUGAGUACGCCACGCGCGAUGUGAUUUGGGAACCCAUUGUCGAAUUGCAGAACCUCUUGCAAGGGCACUACUAUGGCCAUCCUGUGUACAAGUACCUGCCAGCCGCGGCGAACGCUUCCGAGUACACGGCGGAACUCUAUGUGAAAAGACGGCCAGUCUGCAAGGCAACAGCGCCGUCAUAUAAGCUGGCACGAGCUCGUGCAGCAGAGAUUGCGUAUUGGCAUUUCGAAAAACUGCUGGGCCCAGCUCCAUAG